ACCCCCUUUCCCCAGCCCACCCUGGGGCGCACUCCUCAGGCCAUGUGAGGGGUUUCGGUCCUCUCGGCGCCAUCCCAGCCCCCCCCCCCCAGCCUGUCGGGCCCUGGCGCCACGGAGGGGCUGGUGGCCCAAGUCUGAAUGUGAGCCUAGUACAGAAGGGUGGACCCCAACCCAGCCGCGCCGCGGGGGCGUGGAACCUUGGGUUUCCAUGGAAACUUGCUGAGAUGCUGUGGGGGGCCCUUUCCUGAGAAAGGGGGUGGCGCUCAACCCACCCACCACCCCGCCUCCCCCACAGACAGCCGGCCUCCUGGCCAGACGCCCUACUCAGGGGAAGAGGGGCGGCCCGGAGCCCUGGCUCCCACGCUGUCCUGCAGCCCCAAGGGUGCACGCAGCACACAGGCUGCAAAGCUGGGGGCCACUCUCCCAGCCUCGUCACCAAACCCCAGUGAGCUCGGUGGGUUUCAGCCACCCCAAAUAGCUGGAGCCAGAGGUUUCUGCAAAGGAAGGGGGGGCGGCUUUAGGGUCCAGAUAUGCUCUUUGGGGACAUCCUUCUGGCCGGGGACAUACCAAGCAUCAAGGGUGGAACGGGCCGGUGUCAGCUUAAGGGCCGUACCUGGACCUGAUGGAGCCCCCUCCGGGCCCACGGGGACCUCGGAACUGGGGCUUGGAGCAUCUGGCUGUCCCCAGUGCAGCGGCCCUGCUGUGCGGGGGGAGGGGCUCCACGCGCAGCCCCGUCAGCAGGUGGGGUGUGAGCGUCGGUGACUGUGCAGACACAGCUGAGGCCAGCGCCCGUGGAGGGCGCGCUCUGCACUGGGUGCUCGGGCGCGCGUUUGUCACCGAUGGGUGAUGGAGCCGGCUGCCAUGAAGAGGUCUGUACUGAAGCCCGCAAAUGAGUUCACGGUCAUUCCAGCCACGGGCACCAGGGGGCAGCCCUGGGCCCACACCCCUCCUCUUCCCACUCAGUCCUGGACCAGGAGAGGGGGUCUGACCAAGCCUGCCUCCACGGGCAUCGCCUUUCUAGCCAGCCCGUCCCAGUCCCGUCCCAGCAGAAGGUGGCCAACAAAGAUGGGGUGGGGGACCCGAGUGGCUGGACAGCUGGGUUCCUCCUGCAGGGGCUUCCGACGCCGGCAUGGAGCAAGUGCCUGUGGCCUCAGCCAAGGCCCCAAGCCAGGGCUGCUCCACCCACUGCGCCCCAGGGCGAAAGCCCUACAAGGCCGAGUGAGCUGCAGCCGCCAGCCUGGGGCCCUCUUUUAAGAUGACCCGCACGGACCCGCCAGACUUGUUGGUGUCGACCGUGUAUCAGGACAUCAAGGUGGCGACCCCGGGGCCCAAGUCCAGGCGCCCGCGCCCGCCAUGUGAGCGCUCCAUGGCCCGGCCUGCUGCUCCCGCGCCUUUCAACAAGCGCCACUGCCGCAGCUUCGACUUCCUGGAGGCGCUGGACGGGGCAGCCAUGGAGACAUUCCCUGAGCCACCGCCCCCGGAGCACCCUGCGCCGCGCGCCCGGUCCCGCGACAGCGAACCCCGGCGCCGCGCCCGCUCCAAGAGUGCGCCCCGCGCGCCCCCAGGCUUAGCUCCCGCCUCGCCUCCAGUGCUGCCGCGCCGAGGCCGGGAGGUCCAAAGGGCGGCGCGGGCGGAGGAAUCCCCGCGCCGGGAGCCCGCAUACCCCGCGCUGCGCGCGCUAGCCAAUGAGCUGCACCCCAUCAAGCUGCAGCCACAGCGCGGCGGGCCAGGCCGCAUCGCUCCCCUGUGCGCCACCGCCGGCCGCUGCGCACCGCCCGAGCCGCCUUCCGGGCCCGCCCCCCACGUCCGCUGCCGCCUGGACAUCAAGCCUGACGAGGCGGUGCUGCAGCACGCCGCCCGGGGCUCGCGGCCCUGCGGGCCCAUUGAGACCACGCCCUGGGUCCGCGUGGCUCCCCAAAUUCACGGUCUGACGGUGCCCGGGCCUCGCCAUGUGGGGCUGUCGCGCACCCCCACCCCUAGUGACUCGUACUGCACCGACACCCGGGCGCUGUACUGCGACGGGCCCCUACCGGGGCCCCGGGACUACGUGGAGCGCCGAACUCUACCCUUCACCACCCCACCAGGCCCCACCCAAUUCUUCUACACGGAGGAGGCCGAGGGUCACCCGGGCGGCUUUACAGCCAGCCCCGUUCCUGCCUUUGACAACUAUUUCCCCAGGCCCUUGCAGCCCGAGGAGCCCCGGGGACCCAGUCCACGGCGUGGGGGAGGCUACUAUGCAGGGGACAUGCGCACUUUUCCGGUCCAUCAACCACCCUCCCGCUCCUACUACGGAGAGGGCCCCCGAGCCUAUGGCCCACCCUGGGGGCCCCACUAUUCCCCGGAGGAGCCCCAGGCCCACCCCAACAUCCGACCCUUUUACACGGAGGACUUCGGGCGGUACCGAGACCGAGACGCCCUGGCGAGGACUUACCCACACCCCCGUAGCAGCCUGGCCUGGGGCGACUGGGGCCUGAGGCCUUACGGGACUUUGCAGGUGGCACCUCCCCCAGACCCUGGCCCGUUGCUCGCUUCAUGGCAUGGUGGCACCGGCACCAGCCCGCCCCGGCUGGCCACGGACAGUCGCCACUACUCACGUUCCUGGGACAACAUCCUGGCGCCUGCGCCACGCCGCGAGGACCCCCUGGGCCGCGGCCGCAGCUAUGAAAACCUGCUGGGAAGAGUGGAGGCACGGGAACCACCGGGCACGUACCCCGAAGGCCGGCGCCCGCCAGUCGUCGUGAACCUGUCCACCUCGCCCAGACGCUACGCGGCGCUGUCGCUGUCCGAGACUUCACUGUCCGAGAAGGGCCGGCCGGGAGAGGGCCUGGGCCGCAACUGGUAUGUCACGCCCGAGAUCACCAUCACCGACAACGAUCUGCGUGCCUCUGAGGGCCCGGCCGCGGGGGGCUGGCCGCUCCCCCGGGGCCGCCCGCGGCCUGCCGCGCCCGCUGCCCGAGACGGCCCCACUCCCGGCCGCCAGCGCAGCCUCGAGCAGCUGGAUGAGCUCAUCACGGACCUGGUGAUCGACUCCCGGCCGACGGCCGGUCAAGGACCCGAGCCUGUGGCCGACGGCCUGGGCCGCCAGCUUCGCCGCCUGCUAGACUCGCGGCCCGCGGGCCCCGAGGCCCCCGCGCUGGCGCCGCGCUCACCACCGGCGUCCGCCGGCAGCGCGGAAGAGCCUGCGGGCGCAGGGCAGACGGCGGACGCGUCCCCGGACCCCAGCGCGGAUGAAGACGACCUGAUGACUUGCUCCAACGCGCGCUGCCGGCGCACGGAGACCAUGUUCAACGCCUGCCUCUACUUCAAGUCCUGCCACAGCUGCUACACCUACUACUGCUCGCGCCUGUGCCGCCGGGAGGACUGGGACGCGCACAAGGCGCGCUGCGUGUACGGCCGCGUGGGCAGCGUGUGCCGCCACGUCCUACAGUUCUGCCGCGACAGCGGUCCGGUGCACCGCGCCUUCUCACGCAUCGCACGGGUCGGCUUCUUGUCGCGCGGCCGCGGCGUGCUCUUCCUGGGUUUCCCGAGUCCUGGCUCCGCGGAAAACUUCCUGCGUUUCGGGCUCGAAGGGCUGCUGCUGUCACCUACCUACCUGUCCUUGCGCGAGCUGGCCACGCACGCCGCACCCCUGGGCAGCUACGCGCGUGAAUUGGCCGCUGCAGGGCGUCUCUACGAGCCGGCCGAGUGCUUCCUGCUCAGCGUGUCCGUGGCCGUAGGCCCCGGCGUCACGCCUCCCGGCGCUCCCACCCGGCCCGCGCCGCGCAGCCCCGGGCCCACGGUGCGCAAGUUCGCCAAAGUGGCGCUGGCGGCCGGCAGCCCCGCGCGGCCCCCCCCUGUGCGGGGUCGCGAGCCCGAUAUGGAGACCCUGAUCCUGACGCCGCCACCCGGCACAGCGGGCCUGGACCAGGAAGGCGAGGCAGGCCGGCGCGCGCGCGAGGUGGCUUUCAUCCACAUCCAGCGUGAGCUGAGGCUGCGCGGUGUCUUCCUGCGCCACGAGUUCCCGCACGUCUAUGAGCAGCUCUGUGAGUUCGUCGAGGCCAACCGGCGCUUCACACCCACCACCAUCUACCCCACGGACCGGCGCACUGGCCGCCCCUUCAUGUGCAUGAUCAUGGCCGCCUCCGAGCCUCGAGCGUUGGACUGGGUGGCCAGCGCCAACCUGCUCGAUGACAUCAUGUGAGGCGCGGGGUCGCACCAGGUCCCCACCGGGUCCACCUAGGGCCGGGCCCAGUUCACCCAGGGCCGCCCUCUAGCCCCGCCCACGUUGUUCAGGCCCCGCCCACCCAGGGACGCCCUGAGCCCCGCCCAGCCCACUCAGGACCUGCUUCGUCCAUGUAGACCCCGCCCCUGCCUCGCCUAAGCCUGGUCUCAAACUCUCCCAGUCCCCGCCCUCCUGGCCCGGAGCUCCGCCCAGACCCCACUCCACUGUGUUUUCUACAGGCGCUGCCAUGCCCUCCUACCCGACUGCGACUCCCCUGCCACCAGCCCAGCCACGUUCCCCCUGCCCCAGCUCUCGCCCGGGCCUCCCCAGAGGCCGGUCCUUGGCCACUUGGUGCUCCCCGCUGGGAGGCGGGGUGGGCCUGAGGACCCCCCGGCCCUGCCGUCAGCGGAGGGGUCACUAUUGCAGACCCUACCGCGCAGAUCCGGUCCGUCCGUUCGUCCCCUGUCCAUCGCAGGGCCUCCUUGGAACCUCCCGAGCCCGGUUCCCCUGGUCCAGGAGCUCGAGUUCACCAAAGCCUAGUCCCGUCCCACUUAACACACCCCCCGCCCACCCCCUGUGGUCUGGGUUGCGUCCAGUCCAAAGGCCUUUCCUCUCUGGAGGACACCCUGGUCGGUCUCGGUGUGCCUGCGUCCGGAGCACGCCCUGCCCUGGUGGGUCGCGGUGCAUUUCCACCGGCCCUAGUCUCGGCUGGAGCGGGGGCACAAGCCGGCCCCCGAGCCCGCACGUUUUUCGGGGGUCCCCGCCAGCCUCCCCUCACCAUAGGCUUUCCUGGGCCCUGCAGGAGGGGCAGGGGCGAGCGGCAGUGGAGGGGGACUCGGAAGUCUUCGGUCAAGGUGCAAGACAUUCAGCCAUAGGGGAGGAGGAUCAGUGCAGCGUGGGGCGCUGGCCAGGCGCUGGCCCAUAGCGGAGAUCUGGCUGGGCGUUAGUCGGGCUGCCUGCCCACACCCGACAGAAUGGCCCAAAGGGAGUGCCAGGGCCAGGUUCACAGCAACAGUGCAGGAUCUAACCUCACAGGGGGGCCCGGAAACCGAGGGCGAUGGAGCCGGGGGCCGGAGUGGGGGGAGACUUCAAGA